CCAAUUCUCAUCGUAGAGGGCAUCAAAGCCAAUUAGCGGAUGCACUAGGAAACGAAAUUCCCUCGUCUAAAUUCCCUCGUCUUUGCGAUGGGAGUUCCAGUAUGCGCUCGUUAGUCGCUUGGAGAGUUGCAAUUAGGCUCAACAUACCCGGCCGUAUACCAUCGUGCCUUGCACUGCUCACACUGCUAGCGUUGCAAGCGGCGAGCCACGAUGUAGACGCAUACGGGGUAGCUCGCGGUCGGGAGACUCGGGAGAAGGCUGCAGCAGAUGCUGAGAAGCUAGUUAUCAUAGGUGAAGUGGCCCAGAUGCACAUGGAUACGCAGGGCGUUUUACUACCCGAUGCCGGCGUUGCGGAGGCCCUGGCGGAAGCGGCGUUCACUAUUGCUCACGAGGGCGAGCAGCGGAGCUGGGUGCUCCUGACUAUGGCCAGUCACCGGGUAGCGGAACGGCUGCUGCCCCUCACCCUGGAGGCCCUCAGCCGCAUCCCCGCUGACCAGGGCCUUUCCGAGGUGGGGGCGCGGCUACUGCCGGCCGGCACUACAGCCGCUGCGGGAGCUACAGCCUUUACCCAGCAUGACCUCGGCCGCGCGGGCCAUGACGCCGGCGAGGGCAGUAGCAGCGACGGGUGGGGGAGCGGCGGCAGUAGCAGGCGGGAGGGAGGUGGCGAGGACGCAGACGAGCGGCGGCGGCUCAGCGGCGGGGUGCUGACAGUGACAGCGACAGCGGAGGGGGACCAGGAAGGCAUGAGGAGAGCGCAGGUGUACCCGGCCGCGGCCGAUGGGACUGACACCGGUAUUCAGGCUGCGGCAGGCGGCGACGGCGGGAGAAGGCGCUCCCUUGCCUCAGCCAGGCGCGAUGAAGAGGAGGGCGAGGGGGCUGAGGAAGAGCAGCUUGGGGAGGAGGACCAGCAGGGCGACGGCAGUAGCAGCAUUUCUGGCAGUAGCAGCGGUACGGACAGCGGCAGUAGCAGUAGCAGUGGCAGUAGCAGUAGCAGCACGCGGCGCACGCUGGACAGCGCGCUGGUGGUGAUGACGUGGGACCUGGCGGCUCAGGGCCAGUGCCGGCAGCUGCAGCAGCGGUACGGCCACCAGUGCCUGCAGGACAUGGCACACAAGGUGGGCCCGGCCGGCGAGGCGGACGGCGGCGGCGGGGCGGCGGCCUUCCACAGCGCCGAGUUUGUGGCCAUCGGGUUCGCCAAGAUCAAAUACCUGAUCAACAGCUUGUCGCUGGGGUAUGAUGUCAUGGCCAUGGACGCGGAUGUGGUUGUGCUGCGCUCGCCCUUCCCCUCGCUGCUGCCGCUGAGGCCGCACCUGGCGGUGCUGACGGAGAAGUGCGAGGUGGUCGACAUGGCUCAGCCGCUGCAGCCUUGGGAAGUGCGCAAGCCGGGCUCCAACAUAGGCGUCAUGUUCCUGCGCUCCGAGGGCCCGGCCCUGCGCUGCAUGAGCCGCUGGUUCGAAGACAUGGUCGCCAAGACAGACAACCCGCGGCUAUGGGACCAGGAGGAGUUUGACAAGGUGGUCACUGCGUGCGCGCCUCGCGUGGGUCUGCGCUGGCACGCGCUGGACAACCGGCGCUACGUGUCCAUGUGCCAGCCCGGGUGCGGCUGCAGCUACCCCGACUCGGACAUGCAGCUGCUGCACGUGGCCCAGGUGGUGAAGCAGCACAAGCGGGACUGGUGGCGGCGCGAGGGGCAGGCGUAUGCGGACGCGCGCGAGCGCAGCUGCGGCCCCCAGCAGUGGCGCGACUGGGUGCUGGUACACUUCCCCUGCCAGGGAGGCCUGGCCGACAAGGAGCGCUACAUGGCGGCGCUACUGGAGGGCCACGCGGCGGGCGAGGCGCGCGUGAUCAAAAACACGAAGAAGAUUAUCAAACGCAACAGCCUGAGACACCGGCAUAGACACCGCCGAUAAAAGGCGGAGUACAGAUGCCUUGGCAUGAUUACGGUGUUGGUUGAUGCGGUCUGGAACAUCAUACGCCGCCACAGCGGUUGAUCUGGGUGCUUUUUAUAGCGGGGGGUUGGGGUGGGGGCGGGGGGUGCGGACGUGGGGUGCGGAGCCAAAGCUCCAGCAGGAUGGCGGGCAGGUGUGACGUGUGAGCUAGAAACGAAUGAGACAUUCGUUGCUGUGCUCUGCAGAACUUUUUGGAAAUGGUUGUAGCUUGAGUUGUCGAAUUGCGGGAAGAAUGGGAUGACGGUGAGGGCUGAUGGCACGCUGGCACGCAUUCAGACCGACCAGGGUUUCGCAGAUGCGCAACAGGUGGA